AUAGGAACUUUUCAAAUGCCAUAAUAGGGGCACUUUAAAUUCCUGUUGAUAAAAUUUUUCUUGUUUGAAUAUACUUUAGUUGUGUACUGUUUUUUGUUUGUUUGUUUUUUGUAGGUUUGGCCUCAUAUAUGAGGAUAUAUUCAUGUAUGGUUUUAAGGGUUUAAAAUAAGCGCACAGUCUACCUGCACCAAUUGAAUGAAAGAGAGACCAAACAAUAAAGAUCUGAAGUUCUUCGACUCCCGGCUGGUUUUACAGCAGAAUCAGAAUCAUGGACAACUCCUCAAAGUGCUGCGAUUUCAAUACACCCAUCUUGGACAAAGUCCUACCUCCUAUACUAUUCAUUGAAUUCAUUUUUGGUCUUAUGGGGAAUGUCCUCGCCCUCUCGAUGUUCUUCUACCACAGGGACACCUGGAAGCCCAGUUCUGUUUAUCUAGCUAACUUGGCUGUGGCGGAUGCUGUGGUCCUUUUCUGCCUUCCUUUCAGGGCCGACUACUACCGCAGGGGCAAGGACUGGGUCUACGGAGACGCUCUCUGUCGUAUUUUGCUGUUUCUUUUGGCCGCCAGCAGAGCUGCUGGUAUAUUCUUCCUCACUGCCAUCGCCGUGGAUCGAUACCUGAAGAUCGUCCACCCUUUCAACCGCAUCAACCGCAUGGGUCUGCGCUACGCCCUGUGGGUGUCUGUUGGCCUUUGGGGUCUCAUCAUAGCCAUGACUGUCUACCUGUUAACAGACGAACAUUUCUACUCUCUAAACAACCACACGCAGUGUGAGAGCUUCAACAUAUGUUUGGGACGCAAUGCAUUGUCCGACUGGCACAAUAUAUUCUACGUUAUCCAGUUCUUUGUGCCCGCAUGCAUUGUAAUCUAUUGUACAGCUUGUAUUACGUGGCACCUGAAAAGUAAGACGGUGGACACACAGGGCAAAAUCAAGAGGGCAGUGCAGUUUAUUUUAGCAGUUGCUCUGGUUUUCAUUAUAUGUUUCUUCCCAAGCAACGUCUCUCGUAUUGCAGUGUGGGUGCUGAAGAGCUGGCAUAACGAGUGCCACUAUUUCCGUGAUGCAAAUGUAGCUUUUUACACCACUGUCUGCUUUACCUACUUCAACAGCGUACUCAAUCCCAUCGUUUAUUAUUUCUCCAGCCCCGCGUUCAGUGGAUCCCUCAAGAAACUCUAUAUGAAGCUUCUAGGAAAGAAAAUGGAGGAUGAGAACAAUGAGAAGAACAAUCAUAGUUCUGUUACAGUAUCAGCUAAUGUCUCUUAA